AUGAAGAGAGGCCGAGAGAGUAUCGCACUCACUUGGACAUCGGGUGCUUUAACUGGCUGUUGCUACACUGUGUUUUUCAGGGGCAUUGCGGUUGAAGACCCAAGCAGCCCAAACAAACUCCGGCUCCUAAUCACAGACUACCCCUACGCCGUGGAUGGGCUCUCCGUCUGGGCCGCAAUCGAAACGUGGGUGACUGAAUACUGUUCCAUUUACUAUUCAGACCACGCCACAGUUCAAUCCGAUACCGAGCUCCAAGCCUGGUGGACUGAAAUAAUCGAAGUGGGCCAUGGCGACAAAAAGAACGAGGGCUGGUGGCCCAAAAUGCAAUCCAUCUCCGACUUGGUCCAAACUUGUACUACGAUCAUAUGGAUAUCCUCUGCACUUCACGCCGCUGUCAAUUUCGGACAGUAUCCCUACGCUGGUUUCCUCCCGAAUCGACCAACCAUCAGCAGACGUUUUAUGCCCGAACCGGGUUCAUCUGACUACGACGAGCUAGCCAGAGACCCAGACCGGGCUUUUCUGAAGACCAUAACGAGUCAGUUUCAGACGAUACUGGGCGUGUCACUGAUUGAGAUAUUGUCACGCCAUUCGUCAGACGAGUUGUACCUCGGUCAGCGAGAUGCACCGGAGUGGACUUCUAAUUUAAGGGCCAUCGACGCGUUUCGACGGUUUGGAGACGAGUUGAUUGAGAUUGAGAAUAGGAUUUUGGAGAUGAAUGAGGAUGGGAGUUUGAAGAACAGGAAUGGGCCGGUUCAAAUGCCGUAUACUUUGCUGUAUCCGAAUACGUCGGAUCAUACGCGGGUUGGUGGGUUAACGGGUAGGGGAAUACCCAAUAGUGUGUCCAUUUGAGGUCUGGGACGGGUGAGCAAUAGUAUUGCUAAUUUGUCAGUGAGUUUGAGUUUUUAUUUUACUGUCAGUUGCUAUAUGAGGAAGAGGUAAAGGAUUCUAGUCAGGGAUGGACAGCAGUAGCCUGGUGUAUGAGGAGCCAAGUUCCGGCUAGAAACCGGACGAGUUUGGUAGUAGAAGUUAUAGCCUGUUGCCAAAUUAUGAUCAGCGUGUCAUCCAAUUGUCUCUCUAGAAAAAAUUUCGAUUCCAGCACCAUUUACUUUGUUAAAACUUAACUUAAAACUCUGAAUCAAUUUUCUAGCUGUUGCCAACC